GCUGAGGGACGAUAGAAACCGUAGAGGACGCUGAGGAAAAGCGCGUCUUGAGUAGGGGGGAGUUGGCACUGGAGUGCUUUUGCGCUGCUGUUUCGAGCCAGUGAGCGGCCGGCAAUUUGGCUAAUUGUUUCAACGGACAGCCGCCCUCGUCUACUGGAAAACAUCAUUUCAACCUCCUAGGAGAUGCCCACGCAUAAGGUUUCCAUCGUCGGCUCCGGAAAUUGGGGUUCUGCAAUAGCUCGCAUAAUUGGGCUCAACGUGCUCAAGUUCGACUCCUUCGACAACAAUGUUAGAAUGUACGUUUACGAGGAGAUUGUCGAUGGAAAGAAACUCACUGAGAUAAUCAAUACCCAGCACGAGAACAUCAAGUACCUUCCAGGCUACAAGAUCCCUGAGAAUGUUGUUGCCGUUCCUGACAUAGUAGCAGCUUGUGAUGGCUCAGACAUUCUGAUCUUUGUCCUGCCGCACAAGUUCAUUGUUCCUACAUGCAAGCCUCUGAUUGGAAAGAUCAAGGCCGGCGCAAUUGGACUGUCAUUGAUCAAAGGUUUUGACAUCGCACCUGGUGGAGGCAUUGAACUGAUAUCUAAUGUCAUCAAGAAGCUGCUCAAUAUCGAAGUGUGUGUUCUCAUGGGAGCUAAUCUGGCCAAGGAAGUUGUCGACGAGAAGUUCUGCGAGACUACGAUCGGAUGCAAGGACCCCCACAACGGUAUUCUUCUGAAGAAUCUUAUUCAGACUGAGUACUUUAGGGUCACGGUGGUGGAUGACAUUCCAACUAUUGAAAUCUGUGGAGCCCUCAAGAACAUAGUUGCCGUUGGGGCCGGCUUUGUCGAUGGCCUGGGAUACGGCGACAACACCAAGGCGGCAGUGAUUCGGCUAGGCCUGAAAGAGAUGAUUGCCUUUGCUGACUUCUUCUAUCCGGGCGCCAAGCUGAGCACCUUCUUCGAGAGCUGUGGCAUCGCCGACCUCGUCACCACCUGCUACGGCGGCCGCAACCGCAGGGUGGCCGAGGCUUUCGUCACGGCCAACAAGUCCAUCGAGGAGCUGGAAGCAGAGCUUCUUAACGGACAGAAGCUCCAGGGACCAGAGACUGCAGAGGAAGUUUAUGUCCUGCUCAAAACGAAGGACAUGCUGGAUAGGUUUCCACUGUUUGUAGCCAUUCACCGAAUAUGCAAGCACGAAAUACCACCCAGUGAAAUGAUCCAGUGCAUCAAGAACCACCCCGAACACAUAAACCCAGACUUCGAAUUACCCAGCCACUUAUAGGCAGUCUGAAUUGGAAGUUGUGUUCAACGGGACAGAAGAAAAAAAAACAGGGGCUUUACUUUUAUUUGAUAUCAUUCAUCACUGAUCAUUGCAUUUGCAACUUUCCAGUCAUGAAGUGUGGAAGUGUCUUGAGUACUCUUUUAAAUCUUGAGAAAAGCAACAAAGUAGCAAAAAAAAGUCAGUGUUGUACCUUACCUACUUUCCUGUUGUGUGCUUAUGGUAGAAGUGUUGAGUGAUUGUGAAUGGUAUAUUAUUGAGAUAGUUAUUUUGUUAGUCAGGUGCAUGCAAAUAGUGUUGGAAGUUUGUAGGCGUGUGGUCUGGGGAAUUAUUGUAAUUCUGUGUUACUUGUGACCCAGUCGUUAAAGCAUGUGACACAUUGAUGUACAUUUUAUUGCUGGUCAAGAAUUCGUAUAUUUGUGCAUGGUAAUAUUCAGUCCUGUUGUCCAAUGCCAGCGACAAAAGCCCAGGUUGGAAGUCCAGACUUUUGACAUUGACUGUGCAGAGCAUUGGCUUCUGUCCCGAAUCUGUUACUUUAUUCCUGUAUGUUGUGUUAUGCAGAUAGUUAGUCACAUACAUGUUGAACAACAGAUUUUUCACCCAGGUGCUAUUGGCUAUGAUCUUGCAAGCUGCAGGUAAUGAAUAAAUUUCGAUUGAAGUUGUUUACUAAUACUUCGUGUACUUAUCUCUUGUAUUUUCGAGUAGUGUUUUUAGGGAGAAUCUUCGUUUAAUGACAUUUGUACUCUUUUAGGGGAAUACACUUGUGUUUUCAUAAUCAAUGUUGUUGUAAUAACUAAAGCAAAGCAUGAUUUUUUUAUGUAACAGGGCAUGCUGUCUUCAGUUGUAUAAUGUGCCAUGCUGGUCACGCGUUUAAACACUGAGCUACAACAUUCAGUUACAACACACGUCGCCAUUUAGGUGUUUUUCUUUACUGCUUUUCAGAGUUUACUUUUUGAAAUGUGCAUGAGGUAUAUUUCUUGGUGCUUCGUCUACUGGUCGUCCGCAAAUCGCCGAUUUGCGUCCAGCGGACAUCCGCAGGACUCUAAGGCGCAUACUAGUUGGCGAUCCAGCGGGAGUCAUGUGGGUGUCCAGGGCGGGUAAUUUUCAAAAGAAGAGGCUUGUUACACCCUGGCAAAAUCAUCCAGGAGCCGAAUAAAAGAAAUGGCACCCUUUCUUUACUGCUUUUCAGAGUUUACUCUUUGAAAUGUGCAUGAGGUAUAUUUCUUGGUGCUGUCAGUGUACUUGAUUGUAUAGCUUUAGGGUACCCUUGAUCUUGCAUUCACUUUAGUGAACAGGGGGUAUUCUUAAAUAUUGAACAGGUUUGUCAAUGACUGUGCUGUGAAAACAAUGCUAUUUCUGAAAUCUGAUAUGUAUGCAAAUGUGUUUCCCUACACAUGCUGCACAUUUUCUGCGUGUGCCACCAUCUCACAGUCAUCAAUUUUUGUGCCAUAUGUGGAUCAAAUAAUAUGAUUUUCUGAUUAAGCAAGUAAUGUUUUGUGUAGUUAAAAAUAGCCAUUCAUGAUCAUUAGGGAGUCAUUCCGUAUAAAUGAGCCAAGUUUGUUUCAAAAUUCUGUCUCCACUUUUUCUAGUUGUACUUUGUGUUAAAGUGAACAAAGUUGUGUAGCAGUACUGGUACAUGAAGCCUGUUUGUUGUUACGUGUUAGAAAUUUGAAACAGUGAGGAAUCAAUGCCUAAUCUGAUCCUAAAGAAUGAUGUAGAGCUAAAUAACAAAUAAUUAAAAUUAUAGUGAAAACAAUA